UCUGGCCAGAGCUCGCCGAGGGAGCAGCAGGCUGCCUGCGACCGCGCAUCAUGCCGCCCAAGGACGACAAGAAGAAGAAGGACGCGGGCAAGUCGGCCAAGAAGGACAAGGACCCCGUCAACAAGUCUGGCGGCAAGGCCAAGAAGAAGAAGUGGUCUAAAGGAAAAGUGAGAGACAAAUUGAACAACCUUGUUUUGUUUGACAAAGCUACUUAUGACAAACUGUGCAAGGAAGUGCCGAACUACAAGCUUAUCACGCCUGCUGUGGUCUCAGAGAGACUGAAGAUUCGAGGUUCUUUGGCUAGAGCUGCACUCCAGGAGUUACUCAGCAAAGGUUUAAUUAAACUAGUGUCCAAACACAGAGCUCAGGUCAUCUACACCAGAAACACCAAGGGUGGUGAUGCUCCAGCUGCUGGGGAGGAUGCGUGAAAAGGUUCUCAAGCGGCUUUUAGAGUCUUCUGUGUAUUCCUAAAAAUAAAAUAAUUGAACUUG